CUACCUCGCGCAUACGUUAACUUGACCUCUCUCGUUCUUUUUCGGUUGUGGCCUGUUCCAACAGCUCACUCUCCAUCCCGCCGUCCUUUGCUCUUUGCCAGCUUAGCAUCUUUUGCUUAAUUCAUCCAACAUCUACCCUGUUCACCGUCAGUUCGCCAUCAUGGAGUGGCCUUCAGAACCCGCCGCCCUUGACCGGCCUCCAUCACCCUCCCCUCUCGAAUUGUCCGUCGAACAUGCUAUUAAUAAUCACUUUAACGAGUUGAACCUUCUCAUGAGCAGAACGACAGAGGAUGGAGAGGGCAAUGUUCUUGCGGUUGUUACCUUUCCAAAGAACUCAGACGCCAUUGCUUGCAAUGGGAGUAGAUGGCAGACACUGUGGCUCAGAAUGAGCUUCCCAACACUUGUCGGUCUCAAUUCAAGCAAACUCAACGCCAUGUUCGACCCCAGACGCCAGGAACGCAUGCGCCGCCAACUAGGAAUGGAAACAUUACCUCCUGGGAUCGACUACGUGCUCGACUUCACACCCCCAACUGAGGGCUCAGAGCUGGCCGACCUCACUGCUGCCCUUUGGCUUCCAAAGAUGGUCAAGCUAUGGUUUUUGGCCGGACAUUAUUGCCCAGAGGAAAUUCUGGAGAGUGGACACCUGAUGAGCAUCUGGGAUAAGAGACCCCUUGCUAGCAGGUCGGUAGCUGCCAUGCUUGCCCUUGGCCAUGAUGAUGCAUGCAGGAGUCUCCUGCAAUUCUGCUCCAUGGACAGAUCCGAAUGGAAACCAAAGGAUGUCCCUGGUAUCGUUGACGUGGACCCGGAGGCCGAAGAACAUUCUAAUUAUUUUCCCACGUUCCGAAGGAUCCCAGACUACUGCGGAAUACGGCACCGAGUUGCAAUCAUGAGGGUGCUUCAUGCUAUCAACGGGAACGGUCUUCUUCUCAACUCAGCUGCACGCAUGUGGACAGUCGCUCAAGUGGCAAUACACCUGGAGAUACCCCAGGUAGUUGUUGAUCCGGUGACACAGUGGCUGAUCGCCCCGCCCAACACGAAAUUCGUUGAAAUCUGCCCCGAGAGAUCCUUCCAGCUCGCGCUUGCUCUUAAGAUCCCCAGUGUUCUCAUCGCCGCCUUCAGGAUCCUCGUGAGUGAACUAGCCGUCGACUAUGCGGCGCCGGACCCCUCGCCGAAACGUCCGGCCCUUACCUGGGCCCAACGAAGAAGAGACGACUACGGCGACUUACCAUCGGACCCCGUUGAAUAUGCCAGUCACGCCUUUUUUGAACGGAUCACCGGCCUGCUCGAGAUGCUUCGCUCCAACACCGUAUUCGACCAUAUCGGGACCGGUCUCAAGGAAUGGGAUCUCUUGAAACAGCAAACCUCGAUCGUCCACGAACAGGGAAGCGACGAGCUCAAGACUGCCCACGGAAACCUCCUCCAAGCCCUUGUCGGCGCCUUCCACAAUAUCAUUCAAAGGUGUCUCCGAGAAAACGCCCCACUCGGCCGUCUCGCCACCCUCACCGCAGCCCAACGCGACCAUUACAUAUCCAAGCACGAACGCGACUCCCUCGGGCACCUGUACGAAAACCUUAGCCACUCCCAGCGCGCCCUCACGCCUUUCUUCUGGGAGAGUCUUCGCAACCAGAGCACAUCAAACCCGUCCGGCAGCGGUCCCUUCAGCCUCUCUACCUACAACGGCUAUGCAAUCCGAACUUACGCCGAUAAAUAUACCUCUCUCUGGAGAUCCGCCAACCUCCCCCACCCCGAUUUCCAACCGGAACCCGCCAGUAGGUCCAACCACUUCACAAAGCGCCUGAACGAGUUCAACAUCCACCAAUUCGAGACCGAAGUCUUUGCCGCCCUCACCUCUCUAUGCUACCGCGUUUUGGGAAAAGGGUACAACGAAGAGCCCUUCCAAUUUUUCCUCUCGGACCACUUACUCCUCCCCAGUCUGACCUCCCCAGAAAUGGAUUUCCUGCCUAUCUGGGCCGGCGGUCUCGACGAUGGGUCGGGCGGCGUGUUUCAGGCUGCCAUCCCCCCUGCGGAAAUGGGACCGAGUGAACCCGGACCGGCGUAUCAUACGGGGUAUACGAUCCCGACUACGGGUACGAGGACUACCGGUACUGGCACCCGUGAUGGGGAUGGUGAUAACACAACCAUGAUGGACGACGACGACGACGACAGAGUUGGUGGUUCGAUCUACGGCGUAUCCGAGCUUGGCGAUCAUCUCGACAGGUUCGAAAUCAUCAGUGUCCGCACUGCGCAGACUGCGACGGAAACGGCUACGGUGCCCAGCAUGGAUGUCGAACAAAGCGUAGUGACGACGACGACGACGAGUAGCACGGGACUUGGAAGUGGCCUUGGACGACUUAACCUAGACCCCGGGGGACCGAAUCGCCAUCGGGUCGUAGCGGUACCUUCUUCAGAAAUAUCAUCGGAGGAGGGUUUCUCCCUUACUUCUAGGGAAGAUGGCGAGUAUGCGGAUGCUAUGUAUACGCAGCCGGCGGAGCAUCAGGCGGCGGGAAGGGCGUUGGCUAGGUAUGUGGAUGGUACUACUCCUGAUACUAAUACUCCGGGGACGAGCGAGAGUGGGGGUGCUUCGUCUUCUUCGUCAAGGCGAGGCGGGGCAGCAGCAGCAGGAGGAAACGCGGGAGGUAAUAAUAAGAAUAGUGGGUAUUUAGAUACCGAUAACUUCAUGCUUGAAGAUGAUGAUGCAGAUGGUGGGUUGAAAGAUCUGGAUGACUCAGAUGAUGGGAGCUCAACGGUGGGGGCGGAUUCGGAUUAUGAUAUGGUGUAGGACGACGUAUCGAAUACGGAGGACGCAAUCGUACUUGCUCUGGAGCAUCUCUUUAGGAGUUGAAUGCAUUUGUUAGGUGUACAUUUGGGAAAUGAUUGGGAAUUUGCAUGGAGGGAAGCAACAAUGUCUUUGGAAUGGAUUUUUACAGUGAAGUACACAUAGAGAUCUUUCUUUGGUCCAUAAGUGUCAUGAGCGGACUCUUUCUGACCCUGUUUACCAGCCCAGGUGUCUGUUGAUAACGAGAUCCUGCGGUCACUUCAAUUCAAACAGAUCAAACGUAUUGAGAUUGCGAAUUAUCCCUUGCAAAUGCUAUCGAGUGUCUUCGUUCCCUGUAGUCAUGGCAGGUUCUGAAAAG